GCCGACUCAGUUGGCUCCAAGCCUCUCUUAAACCUCUGGCUCCUUCAAUAGGUGUGAAAGUAAAACGGAGGCAAAAGAGCAUCGAAAACAGAAACAAGGAGAGAGAAAACACAAGUGAAAGAUGGAAAACAAGGGAAAACUGAAGCUCGUGCUUGCCUUCGCGUCUAUAUCGGCGAUUUCAAUCUUAUUCAUCGCUGCAGAGUAUCGAAGACGUCGUCGAAAGCAAAAGUGCAGAGGAAGUUCGUGUUAUUUAGGAGCUGACCCGAAGCCACAAUAUUCCUUCAAACGAGUUUUAGCGGAUAAUUCCUACUCCGCUUUCAAGCAUUUGAAAAUCAACGACAAAGACUCUGUUAACGCAGAUAAUACUUGGGAUAAGCAUCCCUAUGAGGCUGAAAUUACGGCAUUACUGGAAAACCCUCGUCUUGAAUUCAACUUAAGAACUGACAAAAUGGAUUUGAACAUGAGCGAAUCAUACGUUUGGGUCAAUACUGAGUUGCAGUUAAAGGAGCUUGUAGAAGCUUUGAAUAAAGAAACGGUGUUCGCAGUCGAUACCGAGCAACACAGCUUGAGAUCUUUUCUGGGUUUUACAGCUUUGAUACAGAUUUCUACAUACGAGGAAGAUUAUUUGAUAGAUACAAUUGCUCUCCACGACUCGAUGGGCCAUCUUCGUGCAAUUUUUGCUGAUCCUAGUAUAUGUAAGGUGUUCCAUGGUGCAGACAAUGAUGUGCUCUGGCUGCAAAGGGACUUCCAUAUAUAUGUUGUUAAUUUAUUUGACACAGCAAAGGCAUGUGAAGUGCUGUCCAAACCACAGAAGUCAUUGGCUUACUUACUUGAAUCAUACUGUGGUGUAUCUACAAACAAAAUGUUGCAGCGUGAAGAUUGGAGACAACGUCCCUUGUCAAUGGAAAUGGUGCAGUAUGCUCGAACAGAUGCACACUAUUUAUUGUAUAUUGCAAAUUGUCUUAUUGCCGAGCUGGAGCAACAGGAAAAUGAAAACUCAUGUUCAGAUGACAAAUUCCAUUUUGUGCUCGAGGCUAAUCGGCGUUCAAACUUGACAUCUCUGCAACUUUACACAAAAGAGAUUGAAGCUUCCCCUGGAGAGUCUGCUGCUUUGUCAAUAUUUUCCCGUUAUUUGAAUGGUCAAGGGGGCAACUUAUUACUUUCUUGUAAAUUCCAGGAUGUUGUGAGGCGAUUGUGUGCAUGGAGAGAUUUAAUGGCUCGGGUGCAUGAUGAGAGCUUGAGAUAUGUAUUAGCAGAUCAGGCUAUCAUUGCUCUUGCAGAUAAAGCACCUACUACUCCAACAGAUAUAUGUGACACAAUUACUCAAGCUGAUUUUAGUGCAGAUUCAAGUUUGAAUUCCCUCAUCCCAUCUCCAUCACCAGUUGUUUGCUGUCAUUUGGAUGAUUUUCAUUAUCUGGUCCAGGACAAGAUAGGCAAGCAAGAUGAUAUUUUUCCUGUGAUUAUUCAAAAAUGCCUGGGUCAAAAUGGCAGUUGCCCACUUUCUAUUUUUAAUUACGCUUUGUUGAUUAAUUGUAAUUCAAAACUUACGUUUGUUUCUAAGCAAAAUGGAGUGAAAAACUCAAAGCAAGGUGCUCGGAAGUCUUCUCGAGAGCUUUUUGUUCAAAAGUUUUCCUGCAAAUCUCCGGUAUAUCAUAAUUGUAGGAUCUAUGCAAAUGAUGGUCGGUUGCUUUGUUACUGUGAUCGUAGAAAGCUUGAAUGGUAUCUUCGUCGAGAUUUAGCAAAACUUGUUGAUGACAAUCCGCCUGCCAUUAUGCUCCUUUUUGAACCUAAAGGUCGUCCAGAGGAUGAAGACAAUGAUUUUUAUAUUCAAAGUAAGAAAAAUAUAUGUGUGGGCUGUGGCGAAAGAAAUCAUUAUUUACGCUACAGAAUAAUUCCUUCAUGCUACAGGAUGCAUUUCCCUGAGCAUCUAAAAAGCCAUCGCUCUCAUGAUAUUGUCCUACUCUGUGUGGACUGUCACGAAGUUGCCCAUGCUUCUGCUGAGAAGUAUAAGAAACAGAUAGCUAAAGAAUUUGGAAUUCCACUUUUUGUUCGUAAAGUGGUGGAUUUAGAACACAGUCAAACUACCUCUGGGCCAUCUGUGUCAGCAACGAAGGAUGCAGGUGUAUCUCCUUUACAACUGCGAACAGCUGCAAUGGCACUUUUGCGUCAUGGACCAAGAAUGCCAUCCAAGCGCCGUGAAGAACUGAGAGAGAUUGUCAUGAGAUAUUACGGAGGAAGGGAGAUCUCUGAGGAAGAUUUGGAAAGGGCUUUGCUAGUUGGCAUGAGCCCUAACGAGAGAAGACGACUUGAAAGGAAGAAAGGAUUGUCUUUUAAGCAUUUAAAAGGAAGCGUCCUACCAAUUGCAGAGCAGGAGAAGAUGACCAGUAGCUUGACAACAUCUGAAACGUUGGGUGCAUCAGAAAUUUAUACUCCAAAUGGUCCGUACACUGCAAUAGCAGAAGAAUCCAGCAGAAUAGAAGAUAUGGACCUGUCCAUGGAGAAGGGUGCUGACGUAGACAAUGUUUAUUUAGACUCUGAUACUGGGAUUUAUGGAAAAGCCUAUGCUGAGGUUGAGAAGAAUGUGAACUCAGAUGGACAUGGAGUUUCUGAUAUAGAAAAUGUCUCUGAUGUAAAGGCUGAUGAUAAUUGUGGUAGAAGUCAACAAUCAAAUGGAUCAGUUGACUUAUGUUUUACGGCAUUUGAUGGAACUGUCCAUCCUAAACACAAAUCAAAGCUAUCCCUAUUAGGACAUGGACCGCAUGGGAAGCAAGUUGUGGAUUAUAUUUUGAAGGAACAUGGUGAGGAUGGUGUACGUCAAUUUUGUCAAAGGUGGAGACAAGUAUUUGUGGAAGCCGUUCAUCCCCAUUUUUUACCUGCUGGAUGGGAUAUUAUGCACAGUGGUAGAAGAGACUUCGGUGAAUUCAGCGUCUACCAUCCUGGCAAGAAAGUUUCUGCCACUUCUGAAAGUUGAUGAAUUCGGCUGGGGAGCAGCAACAUGUACUGAGCAAAUCUUUCAACUAGUAUGUAUGAAUAGCAAAAAGAUUUUGUUCCUUUUUUAUUUUUUUGACUUUUUUUUCUCGUUAAGAAUGAAAUGAAGAGAAGACUAAUUUUCAUCAGGUGCUCCCAAUUUACCCUUACUAAUAAAAAAUAAUUCCCUCUUUACAUUUUUCCAACCUUUUUAUACCACCUUUCCCCUGAAGCUUUUGGGGGAAAGGGGAAAAAAAAAGAAAAAAAAAAGGGUAAUUAAAUAUUCCCCUCAGGAUUUUAUUGUAUUUUCAUAAGGCUUGACUCGUUUCCACGUUAACCUAAAAGCACUGGCAAGCGGGUAAGGGAAAUCUCGCCUAUGCGACAGGAAAUAAGAAGAUAGUGGGAUGAAUAGAAUGGGAGUAUAGAAAUCUAAACACUUCGUUUGAUACGAGGACAGAAAAUAAUAUUUACUUUACCAAAUUUAUCAAGUGGGCAUUUUCUUUUCUUUAAUUAAACAGAACUAGAAUUGUUGGUUUUAGUAGAUUUUAAAAUAUUAGAUUUCAAAAAUAUAUUAACCAAAACAGAAAUUUAUUCUAUGCAUAUAUCCUUUUCGUUCACUUAGUUCAUUCCGUAUACCAAAACAUAUACUUGAUAUCGUUGAUAACAAACAAAUGAAAUCGGAGCUUAAAAAAUGUGUACCGAUGAAAAUAGUGUGUGACUAAUUUUCGUAGCGGAGAAAAGAGAUGCAAGUAUCUCCUCUCCGAGCCAAAAGUAUGUUAAAUUAUUACAAGAAUAACUCUGCUAUAACUAUUUGGAAGUUUAAAACAAAUUCUUCUUUUCUCCCCACGUAUGAUAAUGUGAAGAUGAUUUCAGGCUUUUGUUUUUGCAAGUCGAACCAUGCCAACUUUACAACACUCUUUCUCUCUCUCUCUCUCUCUCUCUCUC